AUGCCACCAGCCAGCGAUCUUGCCAUUAAUUCUCGACUAUCAUCUGAUCCGCAAAAAAUGGAAACGGCAACACGAAGAACAAAAAUCUUGAUCGAUCAGUCAAAACGGGAAACUUUUGGUAUCCACUCUGGAUAUCGGGGAAUGACAAGAAGAUUAAAAUCACAGUGGAUCGUCGACCCGAAUACCGACGAAAUCUCCGAAGGAACAUUGGCUGAAUGUAAAGUAUUCAUUCUAGCCGGCCCCAGGGCGAAACUCAACUCACAAGAGAUGGAAGCACUGCGCGGAUAUCUGAAAGAUGGUGGAUCGCUGCUAAUUCUAGCGAGCGAAGGCGGUGAAGUUGCAGCAGACACCAACAUAAAUUAUUUACUCGAGGAGUAUGGAAUCAUGGCUAAUAAUGAUUCUGUAAUUCGAACAAUUUUCUACAAAUAUUUCGACCCAAAGGAGGCCCUCAUCUCGAAUGGGGUCCUGAACCGUGAAAUUGCCGUGGCCAGUAGGAAAUCGAUCUCCAGUGACCAGAGUGCAAAUUCACAAACAUUAUCUUUCGUCUACCCUUAUGGCUGCACUUUGAAUGUUAACAAACUGGCAACAGCCGUUCUGUCGACAGGAAGCGCAUGUUUUCCGACUUCUCGACCUGUAGCAGCAUUCCAUCACGUUCAGGACGGCAAGGGUCGACUAGCUGUCUGCGGAUCAUCUCAUAUUUUCCACGACUCCUAUAUUGACAAAGAAGAGAAUGCAAAAAUCUUUGAAGUCUUCAUGGAAUAUUUGGUGAAUGGACUAGCGCUGAAUAAGAUCGAUUCAGCCGAGCCGGAGAUUAAUGACUAUAAUCCGAUUCCUGAUCAUAUUCAUCUCAGCGAACAGCCCAAGGUAUGCUUACAAGAAGGCGAGUUUGACGUCCAAAUCGGCGGCGAUUUUUUACGCCUUUUUGAUUCAACCAUAUCGUCGUUUGACUUAUCAACGUGGCCAGCCGUGAUCAAUGCAUAUGAAAACCUGGGGAUGAAAUGUGAGCAGCUAACACUAAUUACACCAAAUUUUGAAGUGCCACUCCCUCCAUUACAACCAGCGGUCUUUCCACCAAACUUCAAGGAGCCCCCAAAUCCACAACUCGAGCUAUUCGAUUUGGAUGAAAUGUUUUCAUCGCAAGAAACCAGAUUGGCACAAUUGGCAAACAAAUGCGAAGAAGAAGACUUGGAAUACUUUAUCAAAGAAGCUAGUGAUAUCGUUGGUAUCAGUCUACCAAUAGAUGAGAGGACGCCGAAACGGAUUCUCGAGCACCUCAUCCAUCAAAUAUUCGAAUAUAAGAAGUUGAAUCAGGACGACGAAAAUGAGAACUAUCCGGUUCCACAGUCGCUUUUCGACAUAUCGGCGGGGCAGCAAGAUGGUGACAUGGAAGAGGAGGAACAUAGCUUUUCUGAUAUUGAUGAUUACGAUGAUUUGCAA